AUGAAGAAACACACCUCUGACACCUCUAUGCUGGCUGCCCCAGCGCUCCUGGACAAGAUCGACAAGCUCUUCGCCUGCAAUGUAGGCGAAUAUAUCGCCCUUCCACAGCUGGUGGUUGUGGGUGAUCAGUCCAGCGGUAAAUCAUCUGUCCUUGAAGGUCUCACUCAGCUCCCCUUUCCGCGUGACAGUGGGCUCUGUACUCGCUUUGCCACUCAGAUUAUUUUCCGCAGAAACAAAGUCCUGCCCACUCGCAAAGUUACUGCCACUAUAAUCCCAGCACCAGACUCGGAUGCGGACCGCGCUACUAGACUUAAGGCAUGGAGCAGUGAGAGUAUGGGCGGCUUGGAGGAAAGCCUUUUCUCCAAAGUCAUGCAAGAAGUCCACGAAAUGAUGGGGGUCACUGGAAACUCGCACCAAUCGACCUUCUCUAAAGAUAUCUUUCGCUUGGAGAUUUGCGGACCAAAUGAGGAGCAUCUGAGUGUGAUCGACGUGCCUGGAAUCUUCAAAAAUACAACCCCAGGUCUAACCUCUAAGGCGGACAUCCAGGUGGUCAGGAAGAUGGUAGAAGGCUAUAUGAGGAAUCCUCGAUCCAUCAUGCUCACUGUUAUCCCUGCAAAUGUCGAUAUUGCCACUCAAGAAAUCAUGGAGAUGGCUCGCGAUCAUGACCCAAAUGGGGAACGGACCAUCGGAGUCCUUACAAAGCCAGAUUUGGUAGACAAAGGUGCUGAAAACAAGGUCCUACAGCUUGUUGAGGGUAAAACCUUAUUCCUCAAGCACGGAUGGACAAUAGUGCGUAACUUGAGCCAACAAGAGCUGCUAGAUGGAGGUAUCAACCGUGAUCAGAGAGAAGAAAUUUGGCGUCAAAAGGAACCGUGGAGUUCAGUGGCUCCGGAAAGGUUUGGCAUCAAGUCCCUAAAAUCUCGACUCCAAGAGACCAUUACUGAAAAUGCGCGACGCGAGUUUCCUUCGGUCCGGUCGGAAAUCAGCAAACGACUGAAGGAAUCCAGGAGAGCCUUGGAAUCCCUUGGCACUGAAAGGGGAACAACAGAGCAGCAAGUUGGCUUUCUGUUGGAGAUCAUAAACAAGUUCCAGGAUAUUACCUCUCAUGCUCUGAGCACUAAUUACGGUGUGGAUGACGCUUUUGAUGAUCAUGAAGAUCUUCGACUUGCCACAUUAAUUGUCACCCGGGAUACGGAGUUUUCAAAUGAUCUCAGUCGAUACGGUCACGAGUAUCAGUUUGAUGUCCAUGAAAACCGUCAAGGCGGGUCAUAUACUGGAGACACUACAACAAACCCUUCAGGUAGGCGGGAGUCUGAUGAAAGUGAAAUCUACGCUCGGAAGACUGACAGCCCGGAAGGGCUCGACUGUGUUCUUACUGAGCAAACAUCUGAGUCUCUCCCUUCGAGCAGUGAUAUUUAUGAAUGGCUAACGCAUCUAUAUAAUGGAUCGCGUGGUUUUGAGAUCGGCACAUUCAACGUUUCGCUGCUCGCCACUAUCAUGAAAAGGCAAUCUGUCAAAUGGUCCAACUUGGCCAAAGGAUAUAUUAGCGAUGUAAUCGCGAUUGUCCACAAGUUCAUCCGGAAGGUACUAGAGAUCAUAUCUAUCAAUGAGCGUGUAUUCAACAACCUUCUUUCUGUCGUGAUGGAUGACCUCUUGGAAAGGUACCAGCGUGCCAUAGCACAGGUAGAUUUUCUGCUCCAUGUGGAGCUUAACCAAGCGCCCAGAACACUCAAUCAUUAUUUCAAUGAAAACCUUCAGAAAUGCCGCCAGAGACGCCUGCGUUCCAGUCUCGAAGCUAAAGCCGGUCUCGACAGAAACAAUCGGCAGGUAGUUCAGCUGGAUGACCUUUCCGUCUCGAACCACAUGAGUAAUACUGCUUACACAAUCCGAGAUAUCCAUGAUAUCCUUCUGUCGUACUAUAAGGUUGCUCGUAAACGAUUCGUGGACAAUAUCCUGAUUCAAGCAGCAGACUACCAUCUCGUCACCGGACCAGAGGCGCCCAUGAAGCUGUUCACGCCAUCUUUCGUUCAGAGCUUGUCCAAGGAACAGCUUCAGGACAUCGCGGGUGAGGAUGCGUCGACUGUACGUCAGCGAGCGAAUCUGAGGAAGGCGAUUCGUGAACUUGAGGACGGAAGGAAGAUCUUGUUCUGA